UGUGCGUGACUGUGAAAUGAAGCGCAGUUUUAACCUGGGGACGGUGGCCCAGAGGAGUCAAAAAUAGAGCACUCUAAAAUCUUGGAGUAAGCUGACCCACGUUAUUAUAGUGAGUCAGCGGAGAUAUCAGCAUUAAAGCGAUGAAAGCUUCUAGGUCGGAGUCAUUAAACGACUUCACCACAAACGAGUGAAAUGCUACGAAGGACUUAAAUGAUGUUGAUCUUUUUAACGAUUAUUUUGUCUCCAUACGAGACAAUCACUAAUACUGUUAGCCCACGUAUAAGCAUUAUCCUUCAAGGUAAUUAUUUACACCCAUUUUUCUUAACUCCAGCUGAUAAAAAGGAAGAGCUUGGCAUCAUCAUGAGGAUGAAAAGCAGAAGUGGACAUUUUGCAGUAAAGUUAUAAAAGCUAUGAGGAAUGAAAUGGCAGAACCAGUGCUCUGUUUUAUUAAUGUAUGUAUGCGUUAUGGGUCAGUACCAAAAAAGACGAAGAUUGAAGAAAUGAUUUCUCUAUUUUUAAGUCCAGAGACAAAGAUGAAUAGCAAAGUUAUCGUCCCAUGUCCAUACCGCCCAUUUUUGCCAAAGUAUUGCAAAGGGAGGUUUAUUGUAGAUUUAGGGGUUAGAGAGGGGUUGGGGACCUCGAGUGUCCUCCUUCCCUCAGUAUGCUUGUAGGACAAAGAACCACUUGAUGCUCGAUCUGUGAAAAAAGCACUGAUGAUAGAGGUAAAGGGCGGCUGCUUCUGUCUGAGUGGGCGGAGUUUGUGACUAAAAGAACCAGCGGAAAUAACCUGCACGUGGAGUGUUGGGCCCAGCAGGGGGCGCUGUGAAGGAUGGAGGCUCCCGCGGGAGGACAGCAGCUCUGCGUCUUCCUGCUGAGAGGUGCAGGGGCGGAGGAGGAGAGGAGGAAGGAGGUGGGCUGCCAGUGGGAGAGCCCCGAGGAGCACAGGAAGGAGGUGGGCUGCCAGAGCGAGGCGGCAGAGAGGAGGGACGCCAGCGUGCAGGUGGACCUGCCCACCCAGCAGCUCACCUGGAGACACUCAGGCUCGUCUGCAAUGCUGCUGCAGUGCUUUGCUGUUCGACCUGACGGACCAGACGGGGGCGCUUUGUUGCAGCACUGCACCCCCAACAGGACCAGAACCAGAAUCAUCCGACCCGCCACCAAAUUCUCAGAUGAACCCACCCCGACCAAGUCCAGGACCCAGAGGAAGCGGUCGCUGCCUCAGAGCUCCAACUCCAAAAAACAGAGUCGCCACCGCCGGGAGUCCCCAAAUACUGACCAACAGGAGGAGGAGGCAGAGGUGGAGGAGGCGGUGACAGUGGUGGAGGAGGAGGAGCAAGAAGAGGAGGACACAGGUGAUCCAACCUGGACUCCAGCUGAAGGCGUUGAACCCCAGCCGCCGCUCUCGGCUGUAGAAGCCGUGCGGCCGGACUCCCAGCGUGCCUCGCUGCUUGCGGUGAAGCUGGAGCCCGACAGCACUGUGUGCGACGUUUGUGGCAAAGUCAUGAAGAACAAGUCGAGUCUGGCUCGCCACUCCUUCAUCCACACGGGGAAGAAGCCAUUCGCCUGCCACCUGUGUGAGCUGCACUUCAAUCGCCGUGACAACCUGCAGCACCACCUAAACCGUCUGCACCCAGACGGCGUGGCCAAGCGGGAGAAACAGCGGCGGGUUCAGGCGUGGCUGUGUGCCGUCUGCGGCAAGACGUUUAGCUGCCGGUCACGGCUCAAGACACACGAGGUCAUCCAUUCGGGGGUCAAACCACACACCUGCGACCUCUGCCCCAAGGCCUACAUGAGAGCCAAUGACCUCGAGCACCACAAGAAGGUGGUCCACGUGGACGGCGCCACCGAACCGCCUCGGCCGAGCUCGCUGCUCUGCGACUUCUGCGGCAAAGAGUUUAAGUGCAGGUCACAACUCGCUAUCCACUUCCAGACGCACACGGGCGAGCGGCCGCACCUCUGCGACAUCUGCGGCCGCAAGUUCGCCCGCCAGUACCAGCUCAAACGCCACAAGAUCCUGGUCCACGCAAACCAUGUCAACAACGAGGACGGCGCACCGCCGGACACCCCGUUUGCCUGCAGCGUGUGCGGGAAACGUUUGAAAUCAGAAGCGCUCCUCUCCGCUCACGCCCGCAUCCACACAGGCGACAAGCCUCACCGCUGCAGCCUCUGCCUGCGCAGCUUCCAGCGCGCCACCUGCCUCAAGCAGCACCACGUCCGUGUGCACCUGAAGGUCAGAGGCGGCGAUGCGACGCACCCCACCGGCCGCAGGAAGAGCACCACCGCGGACAAGGUGUUCACCUGCCCUAUCUGCAGCAAGGUGUUCAAGUUCAGGUCACUGCUGGCGAGCCACUCGACCAUCCACAGCGACGUGCGACCGUUCGCCUGUGACUUCUGCAGCCGCAGUUUCCGCCGCCUCAGCCACCUGAAGAGGCACCGUGAAGUCGUCCACGCCAACGGAGCACGCCUGCCGCAGAGCUUCGUUUGCCACAUCUGUGGCAAGGACAAGAAGUGCCGCUCGCAGCUCGCCAGGCACGUCAUCAUCCACACCGGGGAGCGCCCGUAUGCCUGCGACCUCUGCUCCGCCCGCUUCAACCGCAGAGGCAACCUGCAGCAGCACAGGAAGCGCAUGCACGGCGUGGGGAUCCCAGCGGACGAGGAAGCCCCACCCAUCCUGUUCGAUGAUGACGAGGCUCUGCCGUACAAACAGGAAGAGACGGUGGUGGACUGCGCAGCAGAGUCGUUGGAGGAUGAGGAGAACGCCAUUCAGGAGCUGGAUGCCACCUGACAGUAGUGAGCGUGCUCACGGCGUCCUGCUGCAGCUGAGCAGCUCCGCGGGGGGUUGGCGGUCAGAUGGAGCGCUCACAGGGGUCACAUGAUGAUCAGAGACAGGCGGAGGCAGCUGAUUGGCUGACAUACUGGCCACACAGCUGCUGAGAUGAACCUGAAAUCUGAUGGAUUGAGGUGCAAACCUUUGGAAGGCGUUUUGAAUCAAACUUUAUUUCUCUGUAUUAUGAUUUCAUUAAAGCUCGUUACAGCACUUCUUCUUCUGUGGUUGUUGUGGGUGGAGUCUCCUUCAGUCAUUCAGCUUCAGGUGCAGCUCAGGUAUGCGGGAGAAAAACAAGAUUCUCCUAUUUAAAGCCGACCAAUCAGUGUGGAGGAGGAGGAGCAGCAGGAGUUUGUUAACCCUGAGCUGAAACUCUGACUCCUCCCCUCCUCCUGCACCUGAAGCAGCUGUGUGACGCUUAGUUUUCUGUCAGAGCUCGUUAUCUCCACCUGUGAUCAGUGACGGUGCUGGAGCUCAGACCCGUCUCCGUCCGACUGUCAGCAGCUGCGGGUUACACCGAUUAUUGUCUCAGUCACGCUGAACGUGUCACAGCUUCAUCAGGUGAGCGUCUGCGUGAAGACGAGUCUGAAGCUGCAGACACCUCACUGAUCUCAGGGUGACGGCGCUUUGACAGCGACUGUAUGAAAGAGGAAACAGCUGCUCCAGGUGCAGCAGGAACUUAAACUGAAGAUUAAUGAAAUAUAAUCUUAAUCAGCGUCACUACAGUUUCUCAGUGUUUUUAAAACUGGCUCAGUUUUUAAACAUCUUGAUCCUGAAAUGAAUCCCGUAGCUGACAGGAAGCAGGGAGGAGUG